GAAGGCAAACCAAGAAACGUGCUACACGAUGCGUCGCGAGGGCCGGCAGCACGGGUGGGUGUACGCCGUCGACCGCAGCCUGGUCGACCCAGAGGGCAAGCGCCGCGCGGUGCACGCCGUGGAGGGGCCGGCUGCAGCCAACGGCGGGUUCGUCAGGGCGUCGCGGAAGCCCACCAACCACUCCAAGUUCACCGGCGGCCGCUCGUACAGGGAGCUCAGCGGCAAGGGCGCGGUGGCGGCGCCGGGCAAGGGGAGGCACAAGUUCAAGCACGACGAGGUCAAGAUGUACUACCUCGAGGGAGCCGACGGUGCCGCCGUCGAUGUGUAUGACAUGGAUGCAUGACCGCAGCUGCAUUGCCAGGAAGAGGUGGAGAUUAACUCUUCGUAGUUUUGUAUCUGGAGCCUGAACUUUUUUUGUGAUGUGAACCUUUGUUGCUUCGGCGAAAUUGUGGUGCUAGUCUGAACUCUGAACUAGACUUUCGUGUCAGGAGAUUUGCAUGGGAUUGUACUUGAAAUGUAUGACCAAAUAAAUAACAGUGGCUAUGGCGCAUCAGAUCCUUGA